ACGGCACACCGGUUGUGGCGCUGGCACAGAACGGCCAAGAAAGUUAAGGGAAGCGACUUGACUGCCGAACAGACGAUUUCAAGUUGAGAGAAGCCGACACUUUAGUUGCAAUAAUUCGACAAGAUGAAUGCCUGCCAUGUCACCGUUGUUGUCGCCAUUUCGGCCAUCAUGAUAUUCGGUGCAAAUGCAGACCGUAAACACUGUUUUUGCGAUCUUCGAUGGAGCACAACCGAGCUAAGAGCAGGGGAAAGCGCCAAUGGUUUAUCGGUCUUGCAGGACCUACAUAACCCGAGCUACCACCACUGGCUGAGCGUGGGCUGCAGACGGGUCCUUCGAAACUGCCCCAACGACUGCCUGAAUAAGGCCCAUGACUGGAUGGGCGGGGCUAUGUUCACCGACGGGGCGGGCCAGCUGGCCUGCGAGAGCGUGCGGAGGAACGCGCCUCCAGGUAGUCCGAUCUACGUGUACGCAACGUACGACCCCAGCGUGUGCGGCGAUCGCACGUGGCAGUAUGUGGCCCCGCUCUGCUGCUGGGAGAUCGCGUUCCCUGGCUACGACAGCAUCUUUCUGUACAACCACAGAUGUGAGGAUCCAUGUCCACCGACUAACCCAGGAUGCUGAGUUGUUUUUAGUUACUACCAUACACAUGAUGGUUGGUGCCAUGAUGCUGACUAGCGAAGCUUCAACUUCAUGUGAACUCAUUCACAUAUUGCAUAGCGCUGACGCUGUAACAUUGCUAUUGCGAAACAAUAAAUUGUUGCAAAUUUAAUUUUCAGAUAUAAGUCAUAGUACCAAACUACUUCAAUGAACGGUAUUUUGGAAGUUGUAGUACUCAGAACAUAAUUUGUUACACCCCCUAAGUCGCUUGAACUCUGUCCCGUUAAAAUUUAGAAAACAGUAGUCAUAAUUACCGAUUUUUUUAUUGAUUGACUUAACGUGCAGUAAACGUAAUAAAUGAACAUUGUGAGGCUAUUUUCGUUUUUAAAA